CGUUGUUGAAUGGAUCUUUUCGACCGUGCGGUACGACACAAGCAGUACAGUGAAUCGACAAUGCCAACUUACUUGUGUUUAUUGYGUUCUCGGUAUUGCUAAACAUGAUACCGUACGGUACGAUGAUCGUAAUUCGAACAGAGUCAUAACACGGCAUAAAACGUCGCGAAAGAAUUGAAAAAGUCUAUCACAUCGCAAGAUACGAAAUCAGACAUUUUGCUCCAACCAUGAAGUUUGCUCUCGUUUCUGUUCUCACCGCCGUGUCUACCAUUUCGGUGACAGGAUUUGCCCCACCCRUGUCGUUGGGUUCUAGAGACGUUCGUCUCACAAGCAAGAAAAGUGGUCACAACUUGAAGAAAACAUCUACCACUGGUGAUCUCGAUCUUGAAGUUUUUACUGAAGACAUGCUGAAAGCAAGUACCUUCGUCUACACCUUUCGCUGCAUUCGAGAUGUUGUGAGGACUCACGGUAUCGGCGUCGGUGACGGCAAGAAAAUUGGAUCUGACAAUGAAGAAGAUCAAACCAAGAAGUCAUUGUGGUCUCUUCUGUUCCCCAAAAAGCAAGUCGAAUUCUACCGACCGGAACUCAUUAUCACGGACAAAGGUGCACAAGAUGCCAACGACAACAGGAACUUCAAGCAUGUCGUUACRCCAGACGCCAUCAAACUUUUUGUCGAGAACAAUCGAAAGUUCUUUAGAGAAGACGGAAUAGAUAUCUUUUUUGAAGAGAACGAUCGAACUGAACCCUUCGAAUUUGAGAAGGCUUUGGAAGAGACGAUGGAGGACAACAUGAAGAUUAUUGACUACGUAAGUUAAUCAGGAUUUGGACCGGACGACAACAACAAACCUGACUUGAUCACAUAACGCACUAACAAAGGGUGCAUUAAAUAUGCGAUUCAUUUCUUACAUUUUGUUUGUCCCCUUAUAUUCUCUUCAGGACGACGCGUUUUCCACAAAAAAUGGUGGGCUCGUGUAUGGUAUUGUUGUAAAUCUUACACACAAAUGGGUGUCGGUUGUUUUUCGUGGUACUGUGGGCUUGACAGAUAUUUUGACCGACAGAGACUUUAGACUCAAUGAAGAAUUUUUCUUCAGCGGUGGCUAUGGUCCGCCUGCGUUAGGAGGAAGCCCUGGUACACACGAAGGGUUCACCAAUUACUUGGCGACUCCACGAGAAUACGAUUCCGUGGACCGUCCGCUGAUUGAUCGCAUUCUCGCCUCCGUUAACGACGUCUUUGAGAAGAACCCAGAUGUGAAGGGAAAAGAUUUCAAUCUUUACUUCACCGGACACAGCUUAGGUGGUGCCCUAGCCAAUUUGUCUGCCUUCCAUGCUGCCAACUUGAAAGAGAAAGGCAAGAAAUCUGUGAAGCACUUACCAAACAAGAUUGAAGCGAUGACAUUUGCUGCACCUGUAGUUGGAAACAAGGACUUCAAUAAGGAGUAUCAGCGACUGGAGAGAAAGGGGAUUCUGCGUCACAUUCGUGUUUCCAACCAAGGGGAUGUUAUUCCAACAAAUUACAUUCCAUUUCCUCUCUCCCUAGCCUUCAAAGGGAACACCAAGCUAUACACUCAAAAUGGAGUGAACAUCUUUCUGAAGCCCAGAAGAGAAUUGGAAAUUAAAUAUCGCAAUACCAAGUCGUGCUCUGAGCAACUAGUUCUUGGAAACGUGAAUAUCCUCGACAAUCACAUGCCACCCGAGUACAUGAGACGCGUACAAACCGACAAGAAUGAGGAAAACUUCAAACAGACUGUGGAGGAACUUUACGCAGCAAAAGCUGGUGACUGUACGGCGUAGACACCAUAAAACCAUCUCUGGAACGCGUUUGGUUGUCGUCCUUUUCUUUCGACCUCUAACUUCGAAACUAAGAUGACAUUAGGUAGAGUGAAACGAAAGUAACUAUGAAUUAUUUUGAUUAUUGUUAUUAAUUUUGAAUUUGAUCGUGGACUGCUCAAAUGAAAAAUGCAGAUGAGAACAUAGAAGGUAUCAAUCACUUGAACACGCACGCACGCACGCACGCACGCACGCACUUCAGAGAAUAAAUGAAAUAUGAAUUG